GCCUCAAUAAUUAGCCGCAGGCUACGCAAAGUGGCCCCGCGCUUUCUCUCCUCUCCCCGACACUUCGCUCGAGAGAAGUUCGCCGCCGAUGGAGAACGACGGGGAGGCGACGACGUCGCAGCAGCCGGAGCCCGGCAGAGGUGCCGGAGGAAAGAUGAGGAGGCCUCCGAGCCGCAAUCCGCGAGCCACGCCCUACGCCCGCCCUAAUUCGAACAAACCUCGGGUCGGCGGCGACGGCGGCGGCGGCUGGUUGUCGAAGCUGGUCGAUCCGGCAUACCGCCUUAUAUCCAGCGGCGCCACCCUCAUAUUGCCCUCGCUUUUCUCAAGGUCACCUUCCCCUGUUUCGCUGCCGCCUCUCCCUGACGACGACGACGACGGCAGCGGCGGCGGCGGCGACGACGAUAAGUUGAAGAGAUUGAUCGAUCAAGAUGUUAGAGGGAGUAACCACGAAGGCAAUUCAAUUAUUGAGUUGGGAUUAUCAAGAUCAGCAGAAGGAGGAAAUGCUGUUGCAUCUGAUGUACCAAAAAGAACUGUUUCUGAUGGGUACACAGAAUUCAAAACAACACACAACAAAGUAACUGACCUCCCAAAAGAUACUGCCCUUUCUGAAAUUGAGCACCUGAUUAGAGGAAAAAUGUUCUCCAGGGAUGAAAUUAGUCGUCUGACCGAGAUUUUAAAAUCAAAGACUGUUGAUCUACCAAAGAAGAAGGAAAGGGAGAACAACUCCGAAAUGAAUGCUGUGGGUGAAGUUGAGGUCCAUGCAACUGCGCCUCACAUUCCAAGCAAAACAAAUGGGGGAGAGAAGGGAGUUUUGAACAGAGCUCUAAGGGAAGUGUCAAUGCCCCUUCAUCAUUCUAAUUUACGUGACGAAAUCGGUGCUUCGCCUGUCGACAUUGCUAGAGCAUACAUGGGAAGUCGGGCAUCAGAAGUUGGCUCUAUUCUUAAAAGUAACCUGCCAGGAGAUCCAAAAGCAUUGCUUCAUGUAGAUGGCCAUUUACAGAAACCUUUUAGUCCAUCACCUCUACCCAAGCCAUCUGUAUGCUGGCCUGGUUCAGUAGUACAAGAUCGUUUUUUAACCCCACAGACUCAAAGAGGCAGACAUGGGACUCCGAAUUUCUGCAGAACGCCAUAUUCGAGACCUGCACAUUCUAUGUCCAAGUCUAAGGUUAGAUUCAGAGAGGAUGAAUUGCAUGGUGACCAUGGAUCCAUAGGACCCAUGCGUAGUUCAAGACAAAAGUUCGUCACUGGAAGUCCCCAAAAUUUUAGUAAUUUUUCUACUUUAGUCGGUUCUUCGCAGAGAGAAACAGUUGACUUUCGCAUGCCUUCUUUGCCUGCCUUCAACAAGAAUAUGGAGGCUGGAGGAACAAGUAGCAGUUCAAAAUUCCAAUCAGUAGAGGUAGGUGUCCCAACCGUUCCCACACAUUCUAGUCUGAUGGCUAGAAAGAUACUGGAGCAUCUUGAUAGAAGCCUACCAACUCCCAAGGAUAAGGCUGCGGAGUUGAAGCAUGCCACUUUGAGGAAAAAAUCUGAGUCUUCUAAUGUUGCUCAUUUGAUGUCGAGUAGCGGUUAUAUAUCGUAUCCGGCUGCUUCUGUUAGAUGUGGCAAAGCAGACGAGACUAACCAGAUGAGUGCUGCUCUUACAAAUGGAGGUACAGGAACUUCAUUUUUUAGGGUUCCAGCAGAAGAGAAUGUAAACAAAACUGCUAAUGCUGCAAAAGGAUGCAUUUCUGGUUCUGAGGAAGAUACUUGCAAUGCUAUCCCAGUUCCUGGAGUUAAUAACACUGCUUCACUAGAUUCUGGUGUGGCUGACAAGUUUGGCUUUGAGAUUUCAAAUAAGGAUGCUUCCAAGGAACUUCCGAGUGCUUCUGACUUUCGUGGACCAAAGAAACCGGCUUUGGGGUCUAAAGCAGUUCUUCCAUCUAUUUCCAUCAAUAAGCCUCAAGUAAGGGCUAUGGUUUCGUCUGAUAAUAACUCUGCGUUUACAUUUCAUAUUUCUUCUUCCCCUGGGAUAUUUCCCGAGCCACCAACUCCAUCCAUCACGCCUCAAUCUAUUGUCAAUAAUCUGCAUCAGCCAAAAGAGGAUUCCGCCGUUCCCUCUUACACGUUCGGUCUGAGGAGGUCUUCACCUGCCCUCGUCUUUUCUUUCCCUUCAACAAGCAAUGCCUCAAUUCCCAGUGACGCUUCAGAUCUAGAAUUUACGUUCGGAUCCAAUAAGAAGAGGAUUUCUUUUAGUUCUAUAGGAAAAGAUACCAUGUGCUGUUUAGUGUAGACAUAUCUUUGGGUUCUUAUUUUCAAGGAAGGAGUUGAAGUGGCUAUCGCUCUUUUUUAACUUAGUUUAGAGUCAUAGGACUUGAUUGAACCGGCCACAUUGGUGCAUUUCAGAGCCACAGGAUUGGCCUUGAUGUAUUGUAAAUGUAGUCUGUGGGGCAUCGGUGCUCGAUUGAAGCAAAUAUUGCAUUUUCAGGAGGAACUGUAGAUAUUAUUAAUCAGACUGACUUUGGUUUUGAAGAUCA